ACGACAUCAUCAAUGCCAACUAAACCGACAGUAACUGCUACUCCCCUUGGAUCAAACCUCACUAAAAAAAAAUCUAUUAUUACUUCUCACAAAGUCACCCCCAAACCAACCACUCAAGGAUUCGAAGCUGCU